AUGCAGAACGCUUCCAGGUCUCCAAAGGUUCAAGGUGCUAACAUCGCUAGAGGUGGAAAAGUGACUCAGUCCUCCGUGGGAUGGAAUGGUGUCCCUGGGAGGGCCAUUGAUGGAAAACGUUAUACCAACUAUGGACAGAGAUCCUGUAGCCACACAAAUCAUGAUCAAAAUCCAUGGUGGAGACUGGACCUCCUGAAGACAUACAAAAUCAUCUCUGUCACCGUCACCAACAGAAGGGAUUGUUGCCACGAUAGAAUCAAAGGUGCUGUGAUCAGCAUUGGAAAUUCCCCUGAUGGCAAUGAUGGUUCCAGAUGUGCUGUUAUCGCAUCUUUAGGACCUGGGGCCACCAAAACAUUUCAGUGUAAAGGACUGGUCGGCCGUUAUGUAACCAUUGUGAUUCCAGGAAGAAAAGAAUACCUGACACUGUGUGAGGUGGAAGUCACUGGUCAGCCGUCAGGAGACAUCCCUCCAACUGGUACUAAUAUUGCUAGAGGUGGAAAAGUGACUCAGUCCUCCGUGGGAUGGAAUGGUGUCCCUGAGAGGGCCAUUGAUGGAAAACAUUAUACCAACUAUGGACAGAGAUCAUGUAGCCACACAAAUCAUGAUCAAAAUCCAUGGUGGAGACUGGACCUCCUGAAGACGUAUAAAAUCAACUCUGUCACCGUCACCAACAGAAAGGAUUGUUGCCACGAUAGAAUCAAAGGUGCUGAGAUCCGCAUUGGAAAUUCCCCUGAUGGCAAUGAUGGUUCCAGAUGUGCUGUUAUCGCAUCUUUAGGACCUGGGGCCACCAAAACAUUUCAGUGUAAAGGACUGGUCGGCCGUUAUGUAACCAUUGUGAUUCCAGGAAGAAAAGAAUACCUGACACUGUGUGAGGUGGAAGUCACUGGGAUAGAAUCAGAUGAAUCAGAUGAUUCCAAUGAAAAUGCCUGUGGCUGA